CUUUGAUUCGAUUCGAGGUUAUAUUUCAUAAACUUAUUUGGUAGAAAUUCUCCCAAACUAUGUUCACUGUCAGUCUGUCACUAUGUUUUUCAAAAGCCAAAAUAAUGUUGGACAAUUAAUUGUACCUACUGUUGUUGAUUUUUUUUUUUUCCUGUUUCUAUUAGUUUCUGUCAUUCUGAUUGUCAGGCGGCAAAAAUGUUUUUUUUUUUUUUCCUAGUUCUUUUUUUGAAUACUAAUGACGAACUUCUAGAAGAGGUAGUCUUAGACUCUUAGUCUACAAGCUACAGAUAUGCUAGUAAACACAACAGCAUGUGGAAGAAGCUUUCCUUGAAGUACUGUUUGUGUAUGUUUCUUUGUAGCACUAGCACAGGACUCGGUCGAUCUCUAGUAUAAAAUCAAAACACAAGUCCCAGUUAGUUUUACCAUCUCCUACUCAUCUAACUCGACUCCUUUCCUGUCCUUCUUCCUGUUAGCGAAAAUGACUUCCACCAUAGCCCAAACGGAUCUGGAAAUUGAGAAAAUCAAGAAAGAUUUGUUCAAAAUGGCCAUGAGAGGCCAAUGGGAAGACGUGGUUAAUAUAUAUAGUGAAAAUAAAAAGCUCCACAAGGCCAAGCUCACAAGUUCAGGGGACACAGCAUUACACAUGGCUGUCUCCGAUGGCAAAGAAGAGGAAGUCAGAAAACUUGUGGGAUGUAUCCCCGCUCAACCAGAUAGAAAAGAUGUUCUGACAAUUAAAAACGAACAAGGGAGUACCCCUCUCCAUAUUGCUGCAUCAAUGGGGAAUGUGGCUAUGUGUGCGUGCAUUGCAGAAGUUGAUCCAUCAUUGGUGGGUGCUCGUAAUGAUGACAAUGAGACUCCUUUUUUCUUGGCAGCGCUCUCUGGUAAAAAAGACGCCUUUCUUCGUCUUCACCAGAUCUGUGGUACCGAAAAUGGCUAUGAAUAUUCAAGGAGGAAGGAUGGUGACACUAUUCUUCAUUGCGCCAUCGCUGGAGAUUAUUUUGAUUUGGCAUUCAGAAUAAUUCACUUGUAUAAAAAACUAGUUAACUCUUUCAACGAAAAAGGAUGGACCCCUCUUCAUUUGCUAGCGAGCAAGCCUUCCGCCUUCAGAAGUGGUAGCCACCUUGGAGGAUGGUAUAAAAUGAUUUAUUACUGUAUCUUUGUUGAUGAGCUCGAGCUUGACAAUCAGAAUUUUCAAGAGACCAUUAAAUCAUCUGAUCACCCGUCAACGGGACCUGAAAACAAUCUCGUUGACCAAAAGAAACAGGAUUAUCCAGAGAACUACAAAACAUGCCUCGACUUCUUGCAAUUUUUUUGGGAAGUCGAAAAAAAGAAUGGGGUGAUCAGAAAGGAUGCACAGAACCAUGAAAAAUCAGAUGUUAAAUCUAAAGCGGCAACAGAUGUAGAGAACCCUAAAGCUGAAGCAGGAUCCAAUGCUACCAAUGGAGUACUGGGGAAUCAACUGUUUCCAGCUAAUUAUGGCACCUGCUUUGAGUUUGUCAAGUUCGCAUCCAAGGCAAUGCUGGUCAUUUUUGGACUAGGAUCUACUGGGAUAAGAAAGAUACAAGAGAAGAAACAGAAGCACACAUGGGCCGUUCAGAUCAUGAACGAACUUCUUCGUUAUACUUCAUCAUAUGAAUAUGAUGCCACCGCUGGGGCGAACCCCGUGGCAGCAACAAUAUCCCCAACAGUGGCAACAGAAACAGAGACAGUGCCUUAUGAUGCUAUCAAAUUCGCAGGUGAAUCCUCCUCCGAGGAUCAGAAGCCAACAGCUCUCUCAAAUACUGGUACUUCGAAAACUAACCAAGAAGACAAAAACAAAGAAACUGGCGAUAACGAUAACACAAAACAAGCGAAGGAGAAACACUCUGAAAAGGUAUUAAAUGCAACUAAGAUUGGUAUCACUGAAAUUGUGGAAAAGAUCGUGGAACUCUUUCCCGUUGCCCUACAUGACUUAUUGGCAACGAAGGAGAAACUUGCUGAAAAGGUAAAGGUAAAGAGGGAGACUCCUGUAUUAAUUGCAGCUAAGAAUGGUAUCACUGAAAUUGUGGAGAAGAUCCUGGAACUUUUUCCCGUUGCCAUACAUGACAUGAAUGAACAAAAGAAGAAUAUAGUGUUGUUGGCGGUGGAGAACAGGCAACCACAUGUAUAUCAGCUUCUACUACAAAAAAAUAUAAUGAAAGAAAGCGUGUUUCGGAGAGUGGAUGACGAAGGUAAUAGUGCCUUGCAUCUCGCGGCAAAGCUUGGAGAGCAUAAGCCUUGGCUAAUUCCUGGAGCAGCAUUGCAAAUGCAAUGGGAAAUCAAGUGGCAUGAGUUUGUCAAAGAGUCCAUGCCCUUCCACUUCUUCCAACGCUACAACAACAAGGGCGAGACCUCAAGAGAGAUAUUCACCGAAACCCACAAGGAUCUCGUCAAAGAUGGCAGCGAAUGGCUAACCAGCACCUCUGAAUCUUGCUCCGUAGUCGCUGCACUCAUAGCCACUGUGGCCUUCGCCAGCGCCACCACAGUCCCCGGAGGCGUUAAGCAGGAUGUUGGCACUCCAACACUUGAAAACCAGCCUGCAUUCGACGCCUUUGCCAUCUCAUCACUCGUUGCGCUCUGCUUCUCCGUCACGGCUUUGGUCAUGUUCCUCUCCAUCUUAACAUCUCGGUACCAAGAGAAGGAUUUUGGUAGUGACCUGCCAAAGAAACUUCUGCUCGGUUUGACAUCACUGUUCGUUUCCAUAGCUUCCAUGUUGAUUGCCUUCUGUGCGGGACAUUUCUUUGUGCUAAAGGAUAAACUGAAAUAUGCAGCGUUUCCAGUGUAUGCAGUGACCUGCCUGCCGAUAACAUUUUUUGCAGUAGCCCAGUUUCCACUGUACUUUGAUCUUAUAUGGGCUACCUUCUUGAAGGUGCCACAACGUAGCUACAAGGUGAUUCCUCUUUAAUGUGUGAGUUUAUUUCAUUAUUAUAAUUUUUUUUUUUUCAUUUUAUGGAAUUUGAUGUUUAAGAGUGUUUCAAAGAUAUUACAAAUUUUAUUAUUUGAGCUUUACAAACAUGUAUUAAUUUUUAGAUACACAAGAAAAAAUAAAUAAAAAUUUAAUAUUUAGUGUUA